AUGUCGAAUAUUGCUGGAUUGAAUGACCCACCAACUGUACUUCCAAUCGAUUCUAAGGAGGAUGGAAAGCUAAUUGAUCUUUCCACCUUGAUGGAAAAGAACGAAUGCUUUUGCCGCAACGAAGAUCCCAGCUUUCCAUACACCAACCUUUUCAUCGGAGAUUCGAUUCUUGGAUGCAAAAGUGACGCUGACGAACAGAUGAUUCUGCACAUUGCCUUUCGUGAGACUGUCCGGGUUAAGUCCAUCAAGUUCAAAGCAUUCAAUGAGGGGAACAAUCCGGAAUUGAACCCGACUGUCAUUAAGAUGUAUGUCAAUAGAAAUAAUCUUGGAUUUGAAGAUAUUGAGGAUGUCGACCCGACGCAAGUUAUCGAAUUGACAGCGAAGGAUCUAGAAGCAACAUCCGAUCCAAUAAACACAAAAUUUGUCAAGUUUCAAAGAGUUGGAUCUAUAACAUUUUUCAUUGAGGAAAAUAACGGUGGGGAAGUGUCGGCUCUGGGAGGACUGCAUAUCAUAGGGAAGGGACUUGCAUCGAUGAAUGUUAAUGAGCUCAAAAAGCAGCCUGGUGCCUGA